CAGCACGAACUGCCCGCAGCCGGUUCACGUGCACGUCUUCCUUGGCAGUCCUGCAUCAUGCGAUCCGUGUCCCUGGACUGCCCCACGUCAGAGGCGGCAGCGGGCACUAUAAAGUCCUGUCUCCGGGAAGCUUUGCCGGACUUCCCUCCUCGCCGGGUCUGAGAGCCCUUGUUCCCUGCGCCCAGGAGCCCUGGGCUCUCAUUGCCUGUGCUACGGUUUUCGGCGCCUCCGCCGGGCUGCCCGUUGCAGGGGACACCCUCUCCAGGGUGCCCCCACCUCCAGCAACGCCUUAGACGACUGGAGGGAGUGAGGCCGCCAGCCACCGCGGCGCAUCUACCUCAAGGUCUCCGCUCCGGGCUGGGGCAGACGAAGAAUGCCGCUCGGUGGUCUCCGGCAAAGAAAGGGUUAAUUCGCCCACUCCCCACCCCCCAAAAAGGAGAAGGGAAGAGUCCGGCAGAAGGUCCUGUUUACGGGAGCUGCCGGAGUCCGCGCGGCCCUCGGAGAGGCGUUGCCGUGGCUACGGGCCCGGCGCCCGCCAGCUGCGGAUGAGCUCAUUGGAGCGGCGGACGGGGGGCGACGGGCGGGGGACGGCGGGCGCGCGGCCCGCGCAGAGCCGCCGCGCCGGCGGGGAGAGGACGAGGCUGCGGGCCGAGCCCGCCUUCCGCUCGCCCACAGCCGCGGCGGGGCGGUGGGGACGCGAGCGCAGGGAGCGCGGCUCUCCCGGAGAGGCCCGGACGACCCCAGCGCGAAGGGCUGCGGGCCAUGGCGCCCCGGGCCCCCGCCGCCUACAGCCCCCGCCCACCCGGGCGCCCCCGAGCUGCGCCCGGGAGCCCGCGGAGCCGAAGCCCGCCUGGAGGCGACUUGGACCUCCUCUGCAGGCUGACACGAUGACCAUGUGUGGGCCGGCCAGGGGCAGCCACAGCCAGACCGAGAACCGGAGCUACAGAUUGGCUGACAGGGUCAAGGUGGAGGGCCCAGAGGCUGGGGAAGACCGUCGCAGGCAGCCCUUUAGGCCCUGCGUUCCUCUCCUAGACGCAGACCGGGACUCACGCCUCCGACAAAGCCCCCUGGAAAGCCUCAACAACCUGACGCUGAAGUCAAGAGGCGACUGUUUUCAGCAGAACAUGUUCAACUCGGACGUGCUCAUCAGCGACCCCGCUUCAGGUCUCGGUGCUAAAGAAGCCAGCAGGGCCGGCAGGAGGCAGCUCGGCGGUGCCCAGGACCCCUGCCCUCCUGCCCGAGGUGGGGCCGGGCCCAGGUCCCUCAGCAUCAAGGACAAGAUAUCGGAAUGGGAAGGGAAAAAGGAGGUGCCCGCCCCUGCACCUGGCAGGAGAGCGGACGGGCAGGAGGAUUACCGGGCGUCCUGCGUGACGGACAGGAGACGUGCUGAAGGUGUGGGGACUCGGGUCCCAGCGGCUCAGAACGGCACGAGGCUGGAAGGAGAGGGCAAAGAGAUCGGCAGGAGUGAAAGGGCAGCGGAAGUCAGGGGACAGGACGCAGGGCAGAGGCCGGACCGAAGCCAGCCCGCCAGGGAGCCGGCUCCGAGCCUGGGCCGAGGCCGAGAGCUGAGGCUGGGCAAACAGCGCCUUCAGAACGCCAGCCUCUCGGUGCUGAAGCAGGUCAAGAAACUGGAGCAGGCUCUGAAGGAUGGGCUGGCGGGCUUGGAUCCCCAGUUACCAGGGACUUGCUACUCCCCGCACUGCUUGCCGGACAAGACCGCGGAGGGGCCCCCCCUGAGCAGGAGCCGCGGGUGCGGGAGCGGCUCAGAAUUCAGGUCCCACCUCGUGGACCUGGAAGGCAGGCCACCUGCCCCCGAGACGUGCAGAAAGCUGCCCUGGGACCAGAACGUGGAGAGCGUGUACGGGGGCUUCCCUCAAAAGCCCUUCAUCAACCCCCUGCCCAAGCCCCGGAGAACGUUCAAACACGAGGGAGAAGGGGACAAGGACGGGAACCCAGGCACCAGCUUCAGGAGAGACGGAAGGAACCUGCCGCCUCUGCCCACUCUCCCUCCGCCGCCCCUGCCCUCCUCCCCCGCCGCCUCCCCCUCCUCCCCGCCGCCUCCCUCUGUGAACCGAAGACUGUGGAACGGGAGACCGAAGCCCAGCGCCGACCACAGGAAGUCCUACGAGUUUGAAGACCUCCUGCAGUCUCCCCUGGAGAGCAGCAGGGUGGACUGGUACGCGCAGACGAAGCUGGGGCUCACGCGCACUUUGUCAGAGGAGAACGUCUACGAAGACAUUCUAGAUCCGCCGAUGAAGGAAAACCCUUACGAGGAUGUCGAAUUGCAUGGUCGCUGCCUGGGAAAGAAGUGUGUCUUGAAUUUCCCUGGUUCUCCCACCUCUUCCAUUCCGGACACAUCCACCAAGCAGUUACUGUCCAAACCUGCUUUCUUCCGGCAAAAUUCGGAGAGGAGGAACUUCAAACUGCUGGACACCAGGAAGCUGAUUCGGGAUGGAAUGGGGUCCCCUUCCAAACUCAGCCCCCCCUCCACCCCCAGCAGCCCCGACGACACUUUCUUUAAUCUCGGAGACCCGCCGAAUGGCAGGAAGAAGAGAAAGAUUCCCAAGCUGGUGAUGCGGAUCAAUGCCAUUUACGAGGCUCGGAGGGGGAAGAAGCGGGUGAAGAGGCUGUCCCAGUCCAUGGAGAGCAACUCGGGGAAAGUGACAGAUGAGAAUAGCGAGUCCGACAGUGACACGGAGGAGAAGCUGAAAGCUCACAGCCAGCGCCUGGUCAACGUGAAGUCCCGCCUGAAGCAGGCUCCCAGGUACCCGUCGCUUGACCGGGAGCUUGUGGAGUACCAGGAGAGGCAGCUCUUCGAGUACUUCGUGGUGGUGUCGCUGCACAAGAAGCAGGCCGGGGCCGCCUACGUGCCGGAGGUCACCCAGCAGUUCCCCCUGAAGCUGGAGAGGUCUUUCAAGUUCGUGAGAGAGGCUGAGGACCAGCUGAAGGCUAUCCCCCAGUUCUGUUUCCCCGAUGCCAAGGACUGGACUCCCGUCGAGCAGUUCGCCAGUGAAACGUUCUCAUUUGUCCUCACGGGAGAAGACGGGGCCAGGCGGUUUGGCUACUGCCGGAGACUGCUGCCUGGAGGCAAAGGGAAGCGUCUCCCCGAAGUGUACUGCAUCGUGAGCCGCCUGGGAUGCUUCAGCCUCUUUUCAAAGAUCUUGGACGAGGUGGAGAAGCGCCGACGCAUCUCCCCCGCGCUGGUGCAGCCCCUCAUGAGGAGCGUCAUGGAGGCCCCGUUCCCAGCUCUGGGCAAAACAAUCGUCGUCAAGAACUUCCUGCCCGGAACAGGAACGGAGGCGAUCGAGCUGUGCCGCCCGCUGGACUCGCGGCUCGAGCACGUGGACUUCGAGUGCCUCUUCUCUUCUCUCAGCGUCCGCCACCUGCUCUGCGUGUUUGCCUCCCUGCUCCUGGAGAGGAGGGUCAUCUUCAUCGCGGACAAGCUCAGCACGCUGUCCAAGUGCUGCCACGCGAUGGUGGCCAUCACCUACCCCUUCACCUGGCAGCACACCUACAUCCCCGUGCUGCCGCCCGCCAUGGUGGACAUCGUGUGCUCGCCGACGCCCUUCCUCAUCGGGCUGCUCACCAGCUCGCUGCCGCUGCUCAGGGAGCUGCCCCUGGAGGAGGUGCUUGUGGUCGACCUCGUCAACAAUCGCUUCCUCAGACAGAUGGAGGACGAGGAUUCCAUUCUGCCCCGGAAGCUCCAGGUGGCCCUGGAACACGUUCUGGACCAGAGGAGUGAGCUGGCCAGUGACCCCGAAGACGGGCCCCUCGACUGCAAGCGCGGCCCCGAGUGCAGCCCCUUGAACGAGGUGGUAUCCGAAGCCUUCGUCCGCUUCUUUGUGGAGAUGGUGGGCCACUACUCGCUGUUCCUGGCAGCGGGCGAGCGCGAGGAGAGGGCCCUGCAGCGCGAGGCCUUCCGCAAGGCCGUCUCCUCCAAGAGCCUCCGCCGCUUCCUGGAGGUGUUCAUGGAGACCCAGAUGUUCCGCGGCUUCAUCCAGGAGCGCGAGCUGCGGCGGCAGGAUGCCAAAGGUCUGUUCGAGGUCCGAGCCCAGGAGUACCUGGAAACGCUCCCCAGCGGAGAGCACAGUGGUGUCAACAAGUUCCUGAAGGGACUAGGCAAUAAAAUGAAGUUUCUCCACAAGAAAUAACCCCCAGCCCAGCCAGGCACGAAGGAAAACUUCCUCCCCGAGCAACCACAUGCUUUAAAAACAGUCCUGGUGGCCUUUCAGAAACCCGGGGUCCUCGCUGCCCCGGGUGUGCUGGGCGAGGGCCAGGGUGGACUCCGGCCGCGCCGAGCGGGCCCCGGAUGCCCGGGGGCACAGCCCCUUCAGCACAGCCCCGGGAAGGGGACUGAGACCAGGCCUGCCUCCACAUUCGGACGGGUCGUUUCGGAUGUGGGGUUUUGGGUUUUUAUCUUUUUUAAUAUUAGAUGUUAAAUGAAAGAAAUAUGUUUGGGUUUUUUUGGUUUUUUGUUUUUUGGUUUUUGAUGCCAGGGCUAAGAAAACUCUGUCCUGCCCUUUGUGAUCUUUCCCUGGCUCAUCCUGCCCGGCAGCCUACCUCUGGGCCAAACUGGGGACAGAUGAGGUGUCAGGGCGAGGGCUCUGGGGACCCUUACAGACCCUGGACCCUCGGGCCCCAGGGCAGAGAGCCCUGUGGGGAAAGGACGGCCCUUGUGUGCAGGAGUCAGAUCAGGGCUCCAAGGAUUUUGGCCCCCGGGGCGAGCUGCGCUAUCACAGUGGCCAGUGCUGCCACCUGCUGGCGGAGGCCGUUGUUGCACCACCAACUCCUCCCCACGGACCUGACUUCUGAGCGGCUUCUUUUCUCUUAGAAGCCAUAACCUGUGCACUGUCCGAGACACCCGUGAGGCACCCUUUUGAGGUACACACAAAAAGAGGAAGUCGUAAGGCCUGUUGAUACAAUGUUCUUAGGGUCCCAAAGUCUAUGACCAUAAAGGAUCAUAGAGCCACCUUUGACCCUGUUGCCAUUCUCCCUGUGUGAGGUGUUCCCACCUUGUUUGGGGGCCCAUCAGCAGCAAUGAAAUGGUCUGUGGAUAAACGAGGGGCUUUUGUUACCGGUGUAAACGAGGGAGCAUCAGAGUCUGGGGGCAUCUUCACUAGACUGGUGCAGCCACCCAAGCCGCUCGCCCUCCCUCCAGGGACCCAGCGGGACGGCAGGAGGAGACUGGGCGGCACAGGCCUCAGGGCCCCCGCUGCUGCGGGCCCCCCUCCACGGCCCCAGAAGCCACGACAAAGACACACGAAAGAGAUGUGCCCUGAUUGGAAGCAGCCCGGCCCCUGCUGCCAGGCAGAGGCCCUCAGCCCUCAGGGAGCUGGGAGCAGGGUGUCUUCUAGGAACAAAAGUGAACAAGA